UACCAAAGCUAUAUUGACUACACAAAGACACUCCCGCUGAAUCCUUCCCCAGAGGUAUUUGGAAUGAACGCGAAUGCUGACAUUACCAAGGAUCAGGCUGAAACACAACUGUUCUUUGAUAACAUUCUUCUUACACAGACUUGGGCGUCUGGUGGUGGUGCAACAUCCACUGAUGAAGUUGUUCAUGAAGUCACCGGUGACAUCCUGAGCAAACUUCCUCCAGAUUUCGCCAUCGAAGCCGCAAUGAGAAGAUACCCAACCACGUACACUCAGAGCAUGAACACUGUGCUUGUGCAAGAGAUGGGGCGCUUUAACAAGCUCCUGCAGACGAUACGGGACUCCUGCAUUAACAUCCAGAAAGCAAUAAAGGGGCUAGUGGUGAUGUCUGCUGAACUGGAGGAAGUGGUAAGCAGCAUUCUGAAAGGCAAAAUUCCGGGACUGUGGAUGAGUCAGUCUUACCAGCCUCUGGGCAGCUACGUGACCGACUCCCUCCACAGACUGAAGUUCUUGGAGCUGUGGUAUGAAAAUGGACCUCCACCAGUCUUCUGGCUUUCGGGAUUCUUCUUCACUCAAGCGUUCCUAACAGGCGCCCAGCAGAACUACGCCAGAAAAUACACCAUCCCCAUAGACCUGCUGGAAUUUGACUAUGAAGUGAUGGAAGACAAGGAAUAUGAAACUGCUCCCGAAGACGGGGUUUAUAUUAAACGAUUGUUCUUGGAUGGAGCGUGCUGGAACAGGCAGACGAAGAAGCUAGAUGAAUCUCACCCGAAAAUCCUCUACGACACAGUACCUGUAAUGUGGCUGAAGCCGUGUAAGAGAGCGGACAUUCCCCAGCGACCGAGUUACCUGGCCCCCGUGUACAAGACGAGCGAGAGGAGAGGGACGCUGUCCACCACAGGCCACUCCACCAACUUCGUCAUCGCGAUGACCCUCCCUUCCGACAAGCCGCCAGAGCACUGGAUCCGACGAGGCGUGGCGCUGCUGUGCCAGCUGAGCUCCUGA